AUACGCAACAUCGAUUCAGCUCGCUGUCAUUACGCAAAACAAAUACAUGUACACUCUUUUCGUAACGCGAUUGUCUAGCUCGAGGAAGGUCUGGGACUGGGAAACUGAACUUACACAAGCGCAAGCGCUGUUUCUGCAGUUUAUUUUGUGCUUCUUUUGAGAUGGAACCUCAUUUGAAACUUUCAUUAUUGCCUCAUUGAUGGAUAGCUUCAAAAAUAACAAGAGACCACAGAUGGUGAUUGAGACCCUCGAGUCCAAGAAGAAGAGAAGCAAAGCAGAGAUGCCAAAUCUAAUCAGUAGAGGAGGAGGAGGAGAUGUGGACGGUUUUGAUCACCGUGGCAAUGAAGAAGAUGAUGUUAUGCCCUCCUCUCAGGUAUCUAUGAUGUCUGUAGAUAUGGCACCAGACUCUCAGACCAACAGGGAUCUUGAUGAAGAUGGAGAAGCCAUCGUUGCCUCUCAGCUUGACCUCACCAGAGACGAGACAGACCAUGGAGACACUAGGUGUAGGUUGGAUGGUGAAGUGUCCAGUACAUCCCAGCUCAUAGACACACCAAGUCUUGAAACAUUUGAUUCAUCAAUGACAGUUCUCCUCAACGUAAGCAGUGAUGAAGAGGAAGAAGACAGUGCCCUUCAGAGGAUAUCGACAAGGUCUAUGGAGACCAUACAGCCUGGUGACAGUAGUAGAUCAUUCAACUCUCAUGCUUCAACAGAAUCAAAUGUGUCCAGAUUAGAUGGACAGGAUACUGUUCUUGUAGAUCAUGAAGCCACCAAAAGCCCAGAGAAACAAAGUUCAAGGACUUCAGAUGUUAUUAAGAAGGUGGCAAAGGACAUAGAUGAACCUCUUUUGACUCCUAAUCCACAGCGAUUUGUUCUCUUCCCAAUAAAGUACCAUGAUGUUUGGAGAUUUUACAAGAAAGCAAUGGCUUCAUUCUGGACCACAGAGGAGGUAGAUCUAAAGGAAGACUGGAAAGAUUGGGAGAAACUUAAGCCGAACGAGAAACAUUUUGUUACCCAUGUAUUGGCAUUCUUCGCUGCAAGUGAUGGUAUCGUGAAUGAGAACCUUGUGGAAAGGUUCAGUCAAGAAGUUCAGAUACCAGAGGCCAAGUGCUUCUAUGGCUUCCAGAUUGCAAUGGAGAAUAUUCACUCUGAAAUGUACAGUCUGCUGAUUGAUGCGUAUGUCAAGGACCCACAUGAGAAGCACAGACUCUUCAAUGCUAUACAAACUAUGCCAUUUGUAAAGAAGAAAGCUGAUUGGGCUCUGAAGUGGAUUGCAUCAGAUGAGAGUACCUUCGGUGAGAGGUUGGUGGCGUUCGCUGCGGUAGAAGGAAUAUUCUUCUCCGGCUCGUUUGCUGCCAUUUUCUGGUUCAAGAAACGAGGACUAUUACCAGGCCUGACGUUCUCCAAUGAACUGAUCAGUCGAGACGAAGGACUCCACUGCGACUUUGCUUGUCUGCUCUUCUCGCACCUCCACCAUCCUCCUGCCGUCUCCCGCAUCCAGGAGAUCAUCCGGGAUGCGGUCAGAUUGGAAGAGGAGUACCUCUCCGAGGCCCUCCCGGUAGCCCUGAUUGGAAUGAACGCCCGCCUCAUGAGCCAGUAUAUUAAGUUUGUGGCCGACAGACUGCUGAUGGAACUGAAUUCCCCGAAGAUCUACAACGUCGAGAACCCUUUUGACUUCAUGGAGAACAUCUCGUUGGAAGGAAAGUCAAACUUCUUUGAGAAACGAGUCGGAGAAUACCAGAAGAUGAAUGUCAUGACCCCUGAACUGCAUAGGCAUACCUUUACACUGGAUGCAGACUUCUAAGAUCCGACCACACUUCCUCCUACAUGUACUACAUCAUGAAUGAGCCCUGGGGCCCCAUCUUACAAAGAGUUGCGAUUGAUCCGAUCAAUCGCAACUAUGGAAAGCCAGCAAAGUCAACAUAUUAAAUGCAUGUUUGUUCAAACAAAUUUCUAGAUAUGAAUGUAUAUCUAUAAAUUCUUUGAUUUCUUGACUUUUUGGUGUGUUCUCCUUUGUUUACAAAGGACAUUUUGCAAAUUUCCUGUAUAAGAAAUUAUGACACUGAUAGAUUUCCAUAGAGUUACGAUUGAUUGGAUCAAUCGUAACUCUUUGUAAGACAGGGCCCUGUAAUGGUAUAUUGUCUGAAAUAUUAACAACUCUCUGGGAGUGAUAAGAAAGAAUGGUAAAUGUCUUGUGAUAAUGAAGUGAAUCAGAAAUGUAUGGUUGCAAAUAUAAAUGUGACAAGCAUUGAGGGUUUUUAUCAAUUAUUUUGUUUGUGUUAAUUAUCAUGAUCAUCUUGUGCCUGGUGGGUGUUUCAUAAAGCUGUUCAUAAGUUAAGAGCGACUUUAAGAACGACUGGUGAUCCUUUCUUGUGGUAAAUGGUAUAUUCAUUGGCGAUGGUUAAGCACGUAAGAAAGGUUCACCAGUCAUUCUUAAAGUCGCUCUUAACUUACGAACAGCUUUAUGAAACGGCCCCCUGUUAUGAGCAACAAUGAACACAUUGACUUCAAUGCCUCCAUACAGAUCACAAUAGAAGGUACUAAUUUUAAUACCAUCGUAUAUAAAUGGUAAUGAUUGUUUCAGGUCCAGAUAGAUGUGCAUAGCCAAGCAAGGAUAAUCAGGGGGUGAGAGAGUUCAACGUUUAAUCUGAUGUCAACCUUUUUUCAGCUUAAUUUCAGCUUUCCUCAGUACAAAAUUGAGUGAUACUGAUAUACUUCUAUUUCAGCUUAUGUCAGCACUCUCCAGCCUUUUUCAGCUAUUUUUGCUUUUAUUUGUGAUCAUCCACACCCCCAGAUAAUGGGGAAAAUUAGAAUGUAGGAUGUUCAGCAAAUGUAUUGCUUUUUCUGCUUUAUAAAAUGAUUUUGUUGCGAUGUUAAGAUAUCAUCUUUAGCUCAUUUUCGUUGACAAUUUCACCUUCCUUUCUGUUUUUGGAACCUCUAAAUAAAACAAAAUCAGUGCUCUGGUUCAAUGUCAAAAUUUAUUCUAAAGAAAUGGUCGGAAAUAAAUUCCAGAAAUUGUGUCAUUUCUAGAUUUGAUUAUGGUGAUGUCAUGUUUAGAUUUUAUUCUAAGAAAUGUGGCCUUGUGGGCAGAGAUGCUUUUGAGUGAAACGAUGAAUGUGAUAUAUUGUGAAGGAGAUGAUGCGUUUUAUUUGUUUUUUAGAAUAUUUAUGAAAAGAUGUGUUUUAUUAGAUGAAUUUUUAAUAUAUUUUGCUGGAAGACCUUUAUUAGGUGCUAGGAUAUUGCUGUUCUUGUUAGUUUAGUUGAUGAAACAGCUGUGAUGAAACCUCCCGUUGUUACGUUGCACCAAAGCCAGUAAGCAGAUUGUCUCAUCUACAUGUUUAAUGACACUGUACUCCUUUUAACAUACUAUAUUAAAUAUUUGGUAGGAUUUAUUAUUUUAAGAAAUGGUAUUCAGAAAAUAUGUGAUCAAACUUGAGAUUUGUUAACAUGAAGUAACAAUAAAUGUGCAAUAAUUUUGGUAUGAAUUAAUCUUUCGAGGUGCCAUUAUGAACUAAAAAGCCAGUGUAUGAAACAAAAUUGAAGUUUAUGCAGAAAUGUAUUGAAAUGGUGAUAUUUGUCAGUACUUUUUCAUGAUCUAUUCAUAAUCAAUGAAGGUUUUUUUUAGUCCUUGUUUAUUUCAUUCACUUUGUUAUUUAUUAUAUUUAAAAAUCUCUUGAAUUCCUGUCCCUCUUUAGAAUUACUUCUCCAAUAUUGAUAGGGGUGUCUAAUGAUUUUUUUUUCAUAUAUUUUAUGAUCAAGAAUAAGAUUCCAUGAACAGUAAAAUUUUAAGUGAUUUGGCACCAUUUCAUAAAGCUGUAUGUAAGUUAUGCACAACUUCAUGCACUACUUUACAUAGAAUUCAUUGAUGACCCUUUCUUUGCUUGAUGGAUGCCUCUCACAUACAUGCCAACCGUUCUCUUUUUAGAGCAUUUGUUCCUCUUUUUUGCCUCGAAUAUGCCAAUACUUUUUUGUAUGAUUUCUUUUUUUUUUUUUCCGAUCAUAGAGUAUGUAUAAUACACAGCACAUGACACUAUCGCUGGUCCGCCUGUCCCAGACCGGUAAAAAUCACUGUCAGGCCAGUAACUUGUUGCCUGAAAAGAACAAGUAAAUUCUUGCCUACAAGCACUUUUAAAUGGGGAAUUAUCAAGUUUUCAAGUAGAGUAAUUUCACAUGUUUUUUCACCGAUCUCACUACAACAGGCAGGCAAUUGUUAUGUUGAGACACAUUAUUUUAAAAAAUACUCUUUUUUGUCGAAAAAUACUUUUUUUUCGCUCUAAGAAUACUUUUUUUGUUGUAGAAAGUUGGCAGGUCUGCUCUCAUUUUCCCUGUCGUAACAUAAUGGGAGUGCAUUUCCUGUAACCCUAAUCGAACUUCAGUAUCAAAUUUUCCAUGCAAAUAGACCUUAUGCAUUGUUGUCAUCACUUCACCAUCUUUGAGGCUAAUGCAGGGAAAAAAAUUACAUGGGAGCUCGAGGCGAUUUUGCCCCCGAAAUGCUCAAUAGAGCCUGGAAACUCAAAAAAGAGCUCUGGGAAAUUUUUCCAUUCAUUGCAAUGUUAAAGCAUAUCUGAUGUUGCUUAUUUAGGCAGUAAGGUGUGAAAAAUAGCCCCUGAAAAUAAGGAAAAAAUGGUUGCCUGGGCUGAAGCCAUUGCCGUGGAUGUUUAACAACUCCAUUUACAUGUACGCGUAUGCCUAUAUCCUCUGAGGGAGUACGAUAUGAGAUAUUGACGUCAUAUGCAUACAUGUAAGGUCUAUACUUGUUAAAAAUUAUAAUUUUUUUCCUGUAUUGAUCAGAUUUCGACUGCAGCCGAGUGGAAUCAAUCAAAGAGGAGUGAGAAUCUGAUUUACAUAUAGCAUCCUAGAAAGGAUCAGCUAUUGUGUGUAGCCAUGUAUAACUUACAAACAGAUUUAAGAAACUCCCACUGGGUCACAUUUGAUUAUGAUAUUUGUGUAAAUCUAGCUACUCUACAUGCAUGUAUUGUAGUUGAUGCAUGUGCUGGACUACAAGCUGUAAUCUUGCUAGUAAGGAUAUCUGCUAAAAUUGUGAAGCAGUUUUUCCCAGUGACAUGAGAAUGAUCAAGCUUAUAUGGAUGCCAAGAAAGGGGUGAAUGUUUACCAUAUUUAUCCAUUAUUUCUUUGAAUCACUAUUUAUCUCCGAAACCAGUAUUGUGUUCAUGUUUAUAUACAUGUAUCUACAAGAAGCACUAUACGCACAUAAUUAUACACCUCAUGAUACUUCUCAGUACUGGAGUACUGUAUAUACCUGUACUAUACCCAAAUCAUUGUGUUUUUUUUAUAGUUCUAUCAUAUAAAAUCAUAAGCAUAUUCUAUCACAUUGAAAAAAUAUUUUGUGGGCUGAGAAAUGAUUUUAUCUUUCAGCAAUUACAGAGAAUAUUGCUUCAUAAUUCAUUUUGGUCUGAGUUUUGAACCAAAAACAAGGACUGCUUUUUAAUCGUCAUAGAGGGUCGUUAUUGACAUUGCUCUACAAUAUGAAAACAAUUUGUGAUUAUUUGCUUUAUAUUCCACUAUAUAAAGGAAAUUUCUGUAUAGACCCACCUGGGUGUGCAUGUGUUCUUUUAAAAUGCAUGCACAGUUCUUAUAUGUCCUUACAUUUUCAUGGUUAUUUAAAACAAUUGAACUCACUAUCAGGAUAUAAUUCUCAAAACAACGGAUAUUAUUGCAUUGUUGUAAUACAUCAUUAAUAAUUCUACAUAUCAUCAUUAAUUUGAUACCAUAUAUGAAUGUACAUGUACUUUAUAAAGCUUUAAAGCACUCUACGUUCUUGCAACAGUAAUUUUUGUAACCAUGUAUACAGGGAUUGCAGGCAAAUUGAUGUUUGAUAUUAAAAAAUCAAGUGCUUCUUUGACAGUAAUGAAAUGUUGGGACAAAGUAAAUUAUUUGAAGUUUUAAUUGAGUAUAUACUGUAAUGUUAUUUGUAUUGUUAACUGUACAUAAAAGAUGAAGCAAAAAGUGAAAUAAGAUACCACUAUUAGGUGUGUAUGGUGAUACAUAUUAUCAAGAUAACCAUAUUGCAUUUUAUAUUUUUGUCUAAUUCCUAUGUAAUUAGUAUUCUAAUAUUGUAUUUUCAUAGAUGAUUUUGAUACAUGCAUUUGUGAGUGCAUGCAUCAUUGCUUUCAUGUUAUUAGCUAGACCACAAGCUUCAGUCUCUGUCCAAUCGGUUGUUCUGCUUAACUACACUUUCCUAGUCAGAUGUCAGAUAUAUAUUGUUACAUAAAUUCCCAGAAAAGAUUUUUUUAUUCCUGUUUUAUUUAUUAUUAGCUAGUACAUUGUACUAGCAGAGAGUUACAUAUACAGUCAAGAUUGCUAAAAUAAAAGAAAUUAUUAUGUGAAAUUUC